CAUCAUCUCAUUUAUGAACCCACCACCACUACUCUUCUACUCCUCACUACUUAUUUAUUCAUCACACACUCACACAAACAAACUUAUGAUCCCCACCCCUCUCUCUCCACCACUUUCUCUCUCUACAAAUAUAUACACGUAUAUAUAAUGGUUGGUUUGAUAUAGACACGGAAGGAAAGAAAGGAGCGAGAGAAGAGAAUAAUUAAUAAUGGAGGGUUUAAGGGGGUUGAGGGGGUACUGGAGGAGGAGAGGGUACGAGCGGCUGACCGGAACCGGUCGGAGGCGGAAGAACCGGGUGGAGUUGGCGGCGGGCGGUUCGAACCGGAGGAGGAGGCGGUUCUGGCGGAUCAAGAUCACGCCGAAGCUGCGGUUCUCGCCGAAGAAGUUCCUGAUUGGGCUGCGGGACGCCUACGUUAAUAUGAUGCUUCGGCUGGCGAGCUCCAGGGCGAUCAACGGUGGAGGAAUGGGUGGGGCCCUCGGGGACGGGAUCGGAGGGUUCGGGAAGGGCCCACUCAAGGAGUACGACGAGAGGAUGAUCGUUGAGAUCUACAAGUCGUUGAUGGUGGCGCAGGGACAACUGGUGCCCCGCGAUGCAGCCAGGAUUGGUCCCCAGAGAUGGUAAUUGAAUAAUGAAUAAGUCGAUUUUAUUCUGGAAGAAAAAAAAAAAAAAAGAAUAAAUCGAUUUUAUUUUCACUACCUUUUUUUUUUUAUCCGUUUUAAUAUUGUUGAUGUAAUUUUAACAAGUUAGUCUGUUACUAAUAGUCUAAUAAUAAGUUGGAUCAUGCUUUUAGAUUUGAA